AAGUUUUCCUUAAUUCUUAAAAAACGUUAGGUAAUACCUUGAUGUACAUUUUCUUUUCUGCUAAGUAUCUUUUGACAAUUUGAUUGACAGGUCCAUUGUUCUGUAGUCUGUUUUUUUCCGGGCCUUCUAAUUAACAUUCAAUGCCUUGGUGUCUUUGACUGUCGUCAAGGAGCCCAGUAUUCAGCAGCUUAAACAGAUGCACACCGGUUCCUGUGUUUGACUGUGUGUACCUGUGUGUGUGUGCGUCCGUGUGGCUUUGUAUACUGGGCUUUUGGUAUUGUAUCCUCAGAGUGAUUAAGCUGCCGGCACUGAGUGACUCAUAGGUCGGGUUAAAUGACAUCAGCAGUGGAGGACUCACAGGAGAAAAAUAACACAUGAGGAUAUCAGGACAAUGCCACCAAAAAGGAAAAAUAGCACCAUAAUUCAGGUUGAAGAUGUUGGAAUGGACGUGGAUGCUGAGUUUGACAGUGGUAGUGAAGAUGAGGCCAGGAGAAGGAUUAAAAACAGGAGAGCUAAAUCACAACGCAAGGCCAAACAGGCAAUCGAGGAAGAGGAUGAUGAGGAUGAAGACGAGGACGAAGAUGAGGAUAAGGCACCCCAGCGCAGAGGGCGGAGGAAGAGGCCCAAGCCCAUAGACAGCGAUCAGGAUGAGGAGGAUGAAGAUAAGGGAAACAAACAAAGAACAACAAGAAGAGGAGCAAAAUCCUCCAAGAAGAAAAGUGAUAAGGAGGGCAGCAAUGAUGAGAGUGAAAGAGAGAAAGAGAGCAGGAAAACAAGAGGCAAAGCUGUGACCAAAACACAGAAAAAUCAGCAGAACAAGGAUAAAACGGAAAAUGCAAAAGGAAAAGUGGAGGAGAGUAAGGACAAGAAGAAUAAAAAGCAAAGCAGUUCCCCAGAUCUUCCCAGCUCUGACAGCGAAGAUGAGGAAGACCAGUUGUCAGAGGGAGAGAUUGAGGCCCUGAAGGAGCAGGUGGAGGAGAAGAAGAAAGUGAUCGCCACAUUAAGGAACAAACCCUGGCGCAUGAAGAAGAGACUCAUCAUUCUGAAGGAAGCUCAGGAGUUCGUAGAAAAAUUUGAAGGAGCCCUUGGUAAAGGAAAAGGCAGAAAGCUCUACGCAUUCAAGGUUAUGAUGGCCAAGAAAAUUAUCAAGUUUAAACGGGAUUUUGAGAACUUCAAAACAGCUUGUAUUCCCUGGGAGAGGAAGAUAAAAGAAGUGGAAAGUCACUUUGGGUCAUCUGUGGCAUCCUACUUUCUUUUUCUGAGGUGGAUGUAUGGCCUGAAUCUGAUCCUAUUUGGGCUCAUAUUUGGUCUGGUUGUUCUCCCUGAGGUUAUGAUGGGUCUUCCAUAUGGCUCUAUUCCGAGGAAAACUGUGCCUAGAGAUGAGCAGCCGACAGCCAUGGACUACUCUGUGCUCUUUGAUUUUGGUGGAUAUGCGAAAUACUCUUUUAUGUUCUAUGGGUACUACAACAAUGAGCGAACUAUCGGGGUGCUGAAGUUCAGGCUCCCUCUGUCAUACCUGCUCACUGGCGUUGGAAUAUUUGGAUACAGCUUGAUGGUUGUCAUUAGAAUGAUGGCUCGAAACUCAAAUGAAGGAGGAGAUGGUGGAGAUGAAGGACAAUUCACCUUCAGCUGGAAGAUGUUCACUAGCUGGGAUUUCCUGAUAGGAAACCCUGAGACUGCAGACAAUAAAUAUGCCUCCAUCACUACAAGCUUCAAGGAAUCCAUUGUGGAUGAAAAAGAGAACCAGAAAGAUGAAAACGUUCAUCUUCGACGUUUCCUGCGGGUCCUGGCAAACCUAAUGAUUCUGUGUUGCCUUGGUGGCAGCGGAUAUCUAAUCUAUUUUGUGGUGAAACGGUCACAGGACUUUGCAAAGCUGGAUCCAAAAUCUUUGACCUGGUUUCAAAAAAACGAGGUGGAGUUUGUGAUGUCUCUGCUGGGACUGGUGUGUCCCCCUCUGUUUGAAGCAAUCGCAGAGUUGGAAGAUUAUCAUCCUCGAAUUGCUCUGAAGUGGCAGCUGGGGAGGAUCUUUGCCCUCUUCCUUGGAAAUCUGUACACAUUCCUAUUUGCCCUCUUUGAUGAGGUUAAUGCCAAGAUGCAAGAUGAAAAGGCGGUCAAAAAUGCCACUGAAUGGGCUUUUCAUGAGUACUAUGCCAACUACAGCUCCUUCUACAAUACAACACUUGUGCCUCCUCUAAAUAUCCCUCCAGCUGAUGUUGUGCGAGGACCCUGCUGGGAGACAGCAGUUGGAAUAGAAUUUGUAAAGCUGACGGUGUCAGAUGUGCAGGUUACCUUUUUGACUAUUUUGGUUGGGGACUUUGCACGAGCUUUAAUUGUCCGUUUCCUGAACUACUGCUGGUGUUGGGACCUGGAAGCUGGAUUUCCAUCCUAUGCAGAGUUUGACAUCAGUGGAAAUGUGCUUGGACUUGUCUUCAAUCAAGGAAUGAUAUGGAUGGGGGUGUUUUAUGCUCCAGGCCUCAUGGGUGUGAAUGUGCUACGCCUCCUGACAUCUAUGUAUUUUCAGUGCUGGGCAGUGAUGUCCUCUAACGUUCCUCACGAGCGAGUUUUUAAGGCCUCGCGCUCCAACAACUUCUACAUGGCGUUGUUGCUGUUGGUGCUGUUCCUCAGUUUGCUUCCCGUUAUCUACUCAAUUAUGACUCUGCCUCCAUCAUUUGAUUGUGGGCCAUUCAGUGGACAGGACAGGAUGUUUGAUGUGGUUUUGGAAACUAUAAACCAGGAUCUACCUGCUUUCAUAGGGAACAUUUUAACCUAUGCAAGCAACCCUGGACUUAUUAUGCCAGCGAUCCUCUUAAUGGUUUUGGCCAUCUACUACCUAAACACUGUGUCGAAGGGAUACCAGCAAGCAAACACUGAUCUGAAAAAAAAGAUGCAAAUGGCUCGAGAUGAAGAGAAAAACCGCAGAAACAACAAAGACAGCACCAAUCAAAUGAUGAAAGACUUGGAAGACCUGCUACCAGAUAAAUCUCUCAUUAAACCUCGAGUUGAAGAUAAACCUCCUUCUGAUGCCAUACCUGAAAAGGGCAGCAAGUCAACCAAAAUGAAACCAGGAACAGCAGGUGUGAAUCUGCACAAGGAGGUGUCCCUGGCUUCACCAAACCCCAGAGGGCCAGUGAGUCGGGGUCCUGGCCCUAGAGGGGCCCCCCCUAGGAAUGCCAUGGGCCCUGGGCCUGGCCCUGGGCCUGGUAGAGGUAGAGGUCGAGGAGCCCCCCCAAGAAGAUAA